ACAACAGGUUGUUGUUGACGCAUAGCAACAAUUUACAGUAUGGCUGACCAGCAGGAAAGACCCUCUUCUGCCAAAGUUCAAGAUGUUGUUUCUAAGGUGACAACAGAAGCAUUAAAAGAGUUUGAAACAGACGCCAUGGAGGAAGGUGGAGAGACAAAACCCUCAUCCCGUCCAGGGUCAGCCAAACCCUCCUCAAGGCCACAGUCAGGGAGAAAAUCUGCUGGAGGUUCACGUCCAACAUCAGCUACCCCUAAAGCUGAUUCCCGUCCAACAUCAGCUACCCCUAAACCUGCUUCCCGUCCAACAUCAGCUACCCCUAAACCUGCUUCACGUCCAACAUCAGCUACCCCUAAACCUGCUUCACGUCCAACAUCAGCUACCCCUAAGGCUGAUUCACGUCCAACAUCAGCAGCCAAGGCUGGACGUACACCUACACCCACAACUGACCGCCCUCCAUCAGCAACAGGUCGACCUGCAUCUGCUGCUAAGCCAGCCACCCCAACCACCCCACUUGCUGUCACAGGAGAGAGGGUGGGGUCAACCACUCCCACAGCAGGAGGUAAGGUCUCUCCACGGGUUGGGUCUCGACCUGCAUCUGCAGCCAAGUCAGGUCGAGGGAGCCGACCUGGAUCAAGUAUCAAGAGGCCUGACUCAGUUGCUGAGAAAGAAUUAGAUGUGGCUGACAAGGAAGAACCAGAUAAUACCAUGGCCUUGGUGUUGGCAGCUAAAGAUGAGGAUGACCCUCAAAACUAUGACUUUGGAGUUGGUGAUGAUGGUGAACCGGAGGACUACCCUGAGCCCCAGAUGCCCUCUGAGCCACCACAGACCCAUCUCAAUAUCACCGACAUCCUGGGCCGACCACCCUCCGAACCCGAGGAGGACGACAGUGAUGGCGGGAGUGAUGAUGAAGAGGAAGCUGUAGAUGAAGUCGGCGCAGACUCUGAUGAUGCCAGUGAUAAUGAAACUGAUAUGGUGGUCCUGGACCCUGAUCAUCCACUGAUGAGAAGAUUUCAGAACGCUCUCAAGAAUCACCUCGACAAGCAGAACGAGAAAGUCUCUCUUGAACUCAGGGAAUUGGAGGAGAAUCUUCGCUCCAAGAAGAAGAACCGUGAGGAUCUUGGUGUGGAGCUGUAUGGAGUCCAGCAAGAGCUUGCUCGCUACCAGAUGAUGUUAGAACAGAACCAUGAUGAAUACUCGAAUCUGAACCAGGACCGCCAGCAUGAAGAGCAGCAGCUGGAUGAGGUCCGUUCCCUGUACAAGGACAACCAGCUGGCUGUUAACAAGGAGAAGAAGAGAGGUGCUGAGCUCCAGGCUGAGGUUGAGAACCUGGCACUGCGUCUCUUCUACAUGGACAAUGCUAAGGAGGAUGUCCGUGGCGACAUCGCCAUCAUGAGGCGAGCUGCAGAGAAGGCAGAGUCAGAAGUGGCCAAGGUCGAGAUGGAGAAGCAGAAACAGGACCUGUACGUGGACCGUCUGGUGGAGAGGGUAGACAAACUGAAGGAAGAGAUGGCCAUGUUUGAAGCUCAAAUCACUGCCCAGUCGGAUGAAACAAAAGCAGCCAAGGAAGCACUGAUGGAAGCACACAUGGAAAUUGAGGCCAUCAGCCUUGAGAAGAAGCAGCUGUUCCAACAGUGGAAUAGCAGCUUGAUCGGGAUGAGGCGCCGAGAUGAGGCACACGCUGCCAUGCAGGAGGCUCUCAGUCAGCAGCAGCAAAAGAUCCUGUCACUGGAGACGGAGAUCGAGGGAUUCAAGAAGUCUAUACAGAAGGAGCAGGAGCAGAAUGAGAAGCUGUGUCAGAUCCUGGCCAAGACUAACCGUGACAUCGACAUGGUCAAGAAGCAGCUGAUCACCUGCCAGGCUAAACACGACGCUCUCAAGGCUGAGUACACGACCUUCACUCGGAUGUUGCAUGAAACUGAGACGACACUCAACAAGGCCACAGCAGACAAGACACUCCGCAUGAACGAGUUGAAUGGGCUGAGGAAGCAGAUAGAGCGGGAGUACCAGGAGAAGGUGAAGCUGGAGGAUGAGAUCAUGGAGAAGAUCAGAAACCAGCUGACCAUGGACAAGGCUGCCCAGUACACCAAGAAACUGACCAGCAAGAUGAGGGACCUCACCAAGAAUCUUGAGACCCAAAUGGCGGAGGUAGAGAACACCAUUGCCAGGAAUGCUCUGGACACAUCCAAUGUGAAGGCCAGGACUGAGAGACUGAAGAAGAUCCUACAGGGUCUAGAUGAUGAGAUCCGCCAGAAGAAUGACAUCAUCUCCAAGAGUGAGAAUGAGAUCAUCAAGAGAAACGCUAUCAUUGAACGUAAACAGAAUCUAAUUGAUCAGUUCAACAAGAAGCUUGAACACAUGAUCAGCUCUGCUGGGGGUGUGGAGCUGGGUCCACUGGAGAUCACCAUCAACUCCCUCCAGAAGUCUAUAGACGUUAGGCAGCAGGAGAUCACCGAGCUGCAGCAGAUGUGGCUCCGACAGCAGAGUGAACUGGUCAGACUGACCAAGGACAAGGAAGACCAGUCACAGGAUGUUGAGAAACACAAGAAGCAGCUCACCAUCCUCUUACAGAAGAAGAUCAGGACGGAACAUGACAUUGACCAGCAGAGACGUGAGACAUAUGAUAUUGAACGUCACAUCACCAACAUGCAGAAUGAUAUGAUCAAGUUGAACACACUGCUACACAGAGAGAAGGGCCAUGAGGUGCAACUGGAGCAAGGCACAACACUGCUGGAGAAUGACUUCAUUGCCAACCUGAAGGAUGCAGAGAAAGAAUCCAUACAGAUGCAGGACCAUCUUGACUCUGUGAAGGAAGAGAAGGAGAGGCUACUGAACAGUCUGGUGGAGGCAGAACGUCAAAUCAUGUUGUGGGAGAAGAAGACUCAGCUGGCGAGGGAGACCCGGUCAGCUGUAGACUCUGAGGUCGGGCAGGGAGAGAUUAGAGCCAUGAAGUCCGAGAUCCAUCGGAUGCAGGUCAGGUACAGUCAGCUGAUGAAGCAGCAGGAGAAGAUGAUCCAAGACAUGGAGAAGGCAGUGUCCAGGAGAGACACCAUUGUAACCCGAGGCGACUCUCAGUCCAAGAUGAAGCAGAAGGUUGUUACCAAGGGAACGUUUGAGAGACAGAUGGCUGAGCAUCGUAGAAAGAUAAAACAAACAGUAAAUGAUGCUUCAAGCUGUGACAAUGAUAUCCAUGAGCUGCUCGAUCACCAGCAGGAGCUGAGUGGUCAGUUGGAGGAGAAGCAGGUCAAUUGCCAGCAGCUCCAGGGCUCCGCAGACACCCUGGAUGGGGACAUCGAGAGGCUCCUGGAUGUCAAGUUAAAGAAUAUGAAGGAUCUAGUAGGCAAACAGCAGAAACACAAGUAUUACCAGCAGGUAAAGGAUGGCAAGUACACGAUGCUGUGCAAGUCGGAAUCCUCCCUGGAGACAGAGCACAGCAAGCAGAUAGAUCGCAUGCAGGCUCUCAGUACCAUUGUGGACAGACUCAACCAGGAGUUCCCCCAUGUACAACCAGCACUGAGGAACGUCACCAUCGCACUCAGCUCCCGGGGGGUGCCCCAUGAUGACGAUUAAUGUAUUCACCAGCAUCAAUGCAUGUAAUUGAGGACCAUACAUGAUUGAUUUUUGGCCUGCCAAUCAAUAUCUGGAAUAGAUUUUCAUCACCUACUGUUUAAUGCAUUGCUUGUAGUUGACGGUCUGUUGAGAUUUAUGUUUUAUCAAUAUCAUUCCGGUCUGAAUGCUGAGGUCAGUCUUAAGACUGGUAUCCAUGAAUAUAUAUGAUGUGAUGACUUAAUGUUGUGUGAAGAAAUGUGAACAGUUGAAAAUGUCUGUAUAUUUUGUUCUCUUUUGUAUAUGUUAUAAUUUAUUGAGUAAAAUGUAGGUAUUUUGAUAUGUUGAUGCAUACGUUAAUGCAUUUGUCCGUCCAUUAUUUCCCAUAUUAUUCCUUCAACAAUGCCAAACAUUGUUACUCCAUUGUUCACUCAUUUUGAAAUACUGAACAUGGAAGAAUUAUUUUGUGUAAAGUUUAGUCCUAAAUCUAAAUUUGAGUCUUCAAAUCUGGCUCGUUUAUUCAAGUGUAUAUGUUUAAAUAUGAUACUUGUAUUACAUGAAUAAACUAUGAAUUUCACAAGUA